GAGACAGAGAGAAAGGUCUUCCUUUUGCCGUUGGUUCACCCUCCAAUGGCCGCCACGGCCGGCGCGCUGCGGCCGGCGCACUGCGCUGACCCGAUGGCAAGAGCCAGGUACUUAUCCUGGUCUCCCAUGGGGUGCAGGGCCCAAGCACUUGGGCCAUCCUCCACUGCACUCCCGGGCCACAGCAGAGAGCUGGCCUGGAAGAGGGGCAACCAGAAAAGAAUCCAGCGCCCCGACUGGGACUAGAACCCGGUGUGCCGGCGCCGCUAAGCGGAGGAUUAGCCUGUUGAGCCGCGGCGCCGGCCAACACACUUAUUUUUUAAGAUGAAAACACUUAAAAUCUGCCCAGUACCUCCCCGAACUCUGCUUUCCUGCUUGGUACUUGGUCCUUCUAGGAGGUUUGUUUACUUCUUUAUCAUCUGUGCAUCCUGAAACAAAACUAACUAAACUGCUUCCUAUUCCCACAGUUUUGAUUUAUCCUAUUUAAAUUAACAUUAUAGUAUCAGAUUCCCACCUUGUAUCUCUCCCAGCUCUCUCAGAGUAUAUUUUUUAAAAAAGGAAGAAGGGUGCCAAGCAUUGGAAAUGCCACGAAUAUUUCCUUCUUCCAAAUACCUGUGAAACCCGCAGUCACGAUGUCCUUGGAGGCAAUGGAAGAUCUGCACCUGGAGGAGCCAGAGACCCAGGAAGUGAACGGAAUCCUCAUGACCAAGAUGAUCAGCGAUAAUUGGGACAAAAUCUGGAAUUUCCAAGCCAGACCUGAUGAUCUCCUCAUUGCAACCUAUGCAAAGGCAGGCACCACCUGGACCCAGGAGAUCGUGGACAUGAUUCAGAAUGACGGCGACGUGCAGCGGUGCCAGCGGGCCAACACCUUCGACCGGCACCCUUUCAUCGAGUGGACUCUGCCUCCGCCCCUCAACUCUGGUCUGGAUCUGGCUAACAAAAUGCCUUCUCCCAGAACUCUGAAGACUCAUCUGCCUGUUCAGAUGCUACCCCCUUCUUUUUGGGAAGAAAAUGCAAAGAUCAUCUAUGUGGCUAGAAAUGCCAAGGACUGUCUGGUGUCCUACUACCAUUUCUCAAGAAUGAAUAAAAUGGUGCCUGACCCUGGCACAUGGGAGGAAUACGUUGAGACAUUCAAAGCUGGAAACGUGCUGUGGGGCUCCUGGUAUGAUCACGUGAAGGGAUGGUGGGACGCAAAAGACCAGCACCCCAUUCUCUACCUCUUCUACGAGGACAUGAAGGAGGACCCAAAGAGGGAAAUUGAGAAGAUAUUGAAGUUCCUGGAGAAAGAUGUAACAGAGGAAGUUCUGAAUAAAAUCAUCUAUCACACCUCCUUUGAUGUAAUGAAGCAAAACCCGAUGGCCAACUACACUACUCUGCCCGCCAGCAUCAUGGACCACUCCAUCUCCCCUUUUAUGAGGAAAGGGAUGCCUGGAGACUGGAAGAACUAUUUCACUGUGGCCCAAAAUGAAGAGUUUGACAAGGAUUACCAGAAGAAGAUGGAAGGAAGCACCCUGACCUUCCGCACAGAGAUCUGACAGCAAGCGGGGAGUUUGCCCUGGACUUUCUUAUUUGACCUUAACCAUUUGAGUAUUGGGAUCAAGGACACUUAAACAAAGACACUUUCAUUCCCAUCCUGAGCUGUUCUGUAUAUCUCUAGAUCCUGUGCCAGUGGGAUAAUAUUUCCUCAAAAUGUAAUCAAGUCUGGGGUGCAACAUGUUAAAUUUAGUUACCUGAUCAUUCACAUAGAUGCCUACUAUAUGAUAAUGUUCUCACUUGUCCCAAGGAAAAUAA